AUGCACAGCACGCUGCUGCAGCCCGUUAAGCGGAGUCAGGCCGCGGGUGGAGACGGAGGAGGCGGCGGUGGAGGAGGCGGUGGAGGAGGAGGACCUGGAGCACGGAGUUCAGAGAUGGAGGCCAAAAUACAGAAAGCGAUCGACUUUAAGAUGGAAGGUCACCGGUGCUACAAGGAGAAGAAAUUUCGCGAGGCCAUCGGCAAAUACCACCGCGCGCUGCUCCAGCUCAAAGGCGUGCAAGUGGCUGCGGGCGGCGGCGCGAGCGACGUGGAGCUGCUGAACCGAGCCGCUGCAGAUCAGCUCACCGACGAUCAGAGAAAAGCCGUCAGGAGCACCGAGAUCGAGUGUUACGACAGCCUGACAGCGUGUUUGCUUCAGUCAGAGCUGGUGAAUUAUGAGCGAGUGAAGGAGUAUUGUUUGAAGGUGCUGGGCCAUCAGCAGGAUCAUUUUAAAGCCAUGUACCGUGCCGGCAUCGCCUUCUACCACCUGGGGGACUACGAAUGCGCCCUGCGCUACCUCCGUGAUGCCAAGGGACGUGAGCCCACAGAUACGAACGUGCUGCGCUACAUCCAGCUGACAGAAAUGAAGAUGAGUAAGAGCGUUCAACAGGUCCGAGAAAGCAACAAAGAGGCUUUGGGUUAAUCUGCCCAUACAGCUGUUCAUCCGGCCAUUCUUCUCUUCACAAAUCUUUCCCUCUUUUCCUCAUUGCCCGCCCAUACUAUGGACUACCAGGACCCCUGUACUGUGCCCUUUUCUGAAGACGGAUUGCUUUUGGCACAGAUAACAAACAUAUUUGACUUACUUGCCCUCUCGCUCCUUUCUGACUCAUUUCUUUCCCUUUAAAAGCAAACCGCCCCGGUGCUGUUUCCCAGGUACUGACUGACAACCAUAAAAUGUAAAAAAACAAAUUAAAGAAGCAAUGAGGUGGUCUGAAGAAGGUUUUACACGGACCUGUUAAUGGACAUUAAGCAAACAUCUGGGAGUUGAACAAGCAGUAAAGUGUAGCUUUAGAGAAGUGGAGAUGUUUUACUGUGUGGCCACCAUCUGUUAGAGCACAUAUCAAGAGCCACAGUGCUGCAGCAAAGCAAACACUCACAUAGUAGGGCCGAUGAUUAUACAGACGACACUCAAAGUCAAGUGCAAACCCAUUUUAUACCUCCUCCUUUCUCAGGAGAGAGGUCACUUUACAGAAUGCAAUUCAGUCUCAUUUCAAUCUAUUUGGUUGUGUUUUCAUUGUCCAGGUUCUCAUCCCCACCAC